CAUAUCUUUAUUUAUUGUUACCUCUUUCUCCUUUACAGUCCCAGAAGAACAUACCCUUAACUCUUCCUAUAAUUUUUAUAGGUUGUUACAGAUACAGUCACCAAACCGAUACACCUUGACCUUAUUUUCAUAUUUUUUUUUAUUUUUGUUUUUUUUUGCAAUUUGGCAAGUCGACAUGCAAAUGCUAUUGCAAACCAAGUUGACAUAGUUAUUGUGUUGUUGAUCGAGUUUCAUUUCCAAAGUUCAUAAGCUGCUUCCUUCGUUGAGUACUCUGAGAAAAUUGAAAAUGAGGAACGAAGAACAAGUUCGGUCUUUGUUUGGAAUUUCUUUAUCUGAUAGACCCAUAUGGCAACAAUUCCUCAUUUGCUCUUCUGGUUUCUUCUUUGGUUACCUUGUCAAUGGCAUCUGCGAGGAAUAUGUAUACAACAGGCUCCAAUUCAGUUACGGUUGGUACUUCACAUUUGUUCAAGGAUUCGUCUAUAUCGUUCUCAUUUAUCUUCAAGGUUUCACCACUAAACAGAUGGUGAAUCCAUGGAAGACUUAUGUGAAGCUCUCUGCAGUCUUAAUGGGUUCUCAUGGACUUACCAAAGGGUCUUUGGCUUUUCUUAACUAUCCUGCACAGCUCAUGUUCAAAUCCACAAAGGUUUUGCCUGUAAUGGUUAUGGGCGCAUUCAUACCGGGCCUCAGACGAAAAUACCCAGUUCAUGAAUACGUAUCUGCAAUACUUUUAGUUGUGGGAUUGAUCCUUUUUACCUUAGCAGAUGCCCAAACUUCACCAAAUUUCAGUAUGAUUGGUGUUAUAAUGGUAUCUGGUGCUCUAAUCAUGGAUUCCUUUCUUGGUAAUUUGCAAGAAGCAAUCUUUACCAUGAAUCCUGAAACGACCCAGAUGGAGAUGCUGUUUUGCUCAACUGUAGUCGGUUUGCCUUUCCUGAUUCCUCCCAUGAUUCUGACAGGGGAGUUAUUCAAAGCAUGGAAUUCAUGUUCUCAGCAUCUGUACGUGUAUGGCGUGUUGGUGUUUGAGGCUAUGGCGACAUUUAUCGGCCAAGUCUCUGUCCUUUCCCUUAUUGCCCUGUUUGGUGCUGCUACUACAGCCAUGGUGACAACGGCAAGAAAAGCUGUAACAUUGCUGUUAUCAUACUUGAUAUUUACAAAACCAUUGACGGAGCAACAUGGUACUGGACUUUUGCUGAUAGCUAUGGGCAUUACAUUGAAACUCUUGCCUGAUACCCAAUCUACUACGAGGUCCAAGAUUGAAAAAGAUGAUAAAGAGAGUAAUACUCGAUUGGAACAUGAAGCUGGAGAAGACAAAAGGCCAUUGGUCUAGUUUUAAUCUUUUCUUUUGGGAUUAACUCAACAAGAAACAGGAAAAAUGUUCUGUGCCUUGAGGCCACUCACGAAUUAAUUACAAUUGCGGAGCCAGCAACGUUUUAGUCCACUAUUUGUAUUUUCUAAAUUUUAAUUUAA